UGCGCCGCGCCGCUUCCGGCUCCGCAAGGCUUCCGGUUCCGCCGGUUCCGGUGCGGCGUGCGCCGCGUGUGCGAGCGAUGCGGCCGCUGACGGAGGCGGAGACUCGGGCGGUGUUCGAGAAGCUGGGGAAAUACAUCGGCGAGAACAUCCAGCUGCUGGUGGACCGGCCCGAUGGCACCUACUGUUUCCGCCUGCACCGGGACCGCGUCUAUUACCUGAGCGAGAAGCUGCUGAAGGUGGCAGCGAGCGUCCCCCGGGACAACCUGGUGUCGCCAGGCUCCUGCUUCGGGAAGUUCACCAAGACGCAGAAGUUCCGCCUCAGCGUCACGGCGCUGGAUUUCCUGGCGCCCUACGCCAAGUACAAGGUGUGGGUGAAGCCUGGCUCGGAGCAGUCCUUCCUCUACGGCAACCACGUCCUGAAGUCGGGGCUGGGCCGCAUCACGGAGAACACGGCCCAGUACCAGGGCGUGGUGGUGUACUCCAUGGCCGACGUCCCGCUGGGCUUUGGGGUGGCCGCCAAGUCCACCCAGGAGUGCCGGAAGGUGGAUCCCAUGGCCAUCGUCGUGUUCCACCAGGCCGACGUCGGGGAGUAUGUGCGGAACGAGGACACACUGACCUAAGGGACCUUGAGCCUUUCUGAGCAGAACGGACUUUGUCCUGCACCGUCGGUGCAGCAGCGGCAUGGGGAGCCGUGGGAGCCCACCCCGAGGAGGGCGGAGGGGCUGGGAGCCACCUGUGCACGGCCCCGCACCCCUGGGGGGGCUGCUGCCAAGGCGAGGAGGGGCUCCCCCAGCACCAGCCCUGCCCCUGCCAUCACAUAAAGCCCAUUCCUUCUCCCA